AUGGCGUUUGCUGGGACAAAUAUCAGUUUGUUCCAGCCGGAUAUCACGCAAAAACUAACGGAGCGCAUAGAUGACCUGAAGCAAAAAGUCGCUGCUUGGGGGAAGCGGAUUCGACGAUUUAGCGAGAGGUCAAGGCGGUUCAACCAGAAUCGUCUCUUCCAGAGUGAUCAGAAGAGGCUCUAUAAAUCAUUGGAGCGACCAGAGGUAUGUGGAGCGGGCCCAGGACCGGAUCAGGCUGACACUGUCGCAUUUUGGCGUGGCCUGUGGUCAGAGCCCGUAAACCACAGCGAGGGCCCUUGGAUGGAAGUUGUGGCGAGCCAGAGUGCAAGUGUUACGCCUAUGGACCCCGUCACCAUAACGCCUGAAGACGUGGCUGAGGCGGUCCGUAGGGCCCCGAACUGGAAAAGUCCGGGGCUCGACGGGCUGCAUCAUUACUGGCUGAAGGGGUUCGUAGUGUGUCACGCUGUGCUCGCCCGACAGUUUCAAGAGGCUCUCGAUCAGAAGUCGCUCCCGAGCCUCUUCACUACUGGGAUCACUCAUUUGGUUCCUAAAGAUCAGGAUACCACAGACCCGAGCAAAUACCGCCCCAUCACGUUGUCUUUUAUUAAAUCAUGCAAAGCUGGUGACCACGAAUGUCUAUUAGCCGCUAACACUCAAAUUGCGAUUCCCUACAUCGCCGAUGGCAUUGCCGAACUUGGAAUACCUGCAUUGGAACCCAUGCAUUUUGAAAAUAUAACAAUUGACCAAGGAUUCUUCAAAUUGUUUUUGCAAAAUAUGAAGGUAACUGGUGCCAGAAAAUGCAAGGUUGCUGAGAUGAAGCGUAACUUUAGAGAAUCUACAAUGAAAAUGACUCUAGAUUGCCCACUUGAAGCAACAGGCAGAUAUAUUUUUACUGGAAGUCUUUGGUAUCAAGCAAUCAGUAAUGAAGCGGACUUCGUAAUACACGCAGAUUCUAUAAGAACCAUCGUUACUUUCAAGAUUGAAGAAAUACGUGAUAAAGAUGGUAAGACGUACAUGAGUCUGAUUGACUAUAUAUAUCUUAUCGAGCUGGUGGACAAUCUUCACCUGGAGUUUGGAAAUUUAUUCUCAAGCAAUAUUGGAAAAGUGCAACCUUAUUUGAGAAUAAUAAACAACGAGUGGUGGUACUCUGUUGCAAAUAUUGGCGAGCCCAUUGCCAGCGCCAUGGUCCAGAACUUCUUCGAUGUUAUGAAAUUGUAUUUCCUUCGCGUACCAGUGGGCAAUAUUUGA